GGCUGUGCUCGUGCAAUCGUCUUCCACGCCUGCCCGUGGACUCCAAUCAAUCACUUCCUUCACUGAAACAAUCCAUGACGCACCGUGAAUGCUCCUCCGUGACUGGAAAUUUGAUGUCAUUUUGCGACUGAGGUUGGAGUUUUGAACUUUUGAAAACUGCGCGCGUGGCAUAAAUUGAAGUGCAUUUUGUGAUUGUCUGGAAAUGUGAAAAUAUAUUUUUUUCUUUAUGGAAAUACGAGGUGCAUGAAAUGUUGAGACAAAAGGAACCGAGAGCUGCGUAGUGAUGGCUAAGUAAUGAACAAUGCCGGAGGGAGCGGACGGGGAAUUUGCGUCUCCUCCAAGGGUCCCUCUCUUUCCCUCUCCCAUGGAGCUUACAAGGAGAAGGGGGUGGCUAGCACCUCCUCUUCCGAGUGCAGGCCGACGCGAGGCCUACUUCAGGAUCCAACUCUCGCCAAAAGACCUUUGACUCCGUGUUGAUGAGGGAGAGCAGACCAGCCCCCGCCGCCAAGGUGGGCUGCUCUGCCGCUGACAUGGGGACCCCCAGGGACGAAACGGCCAUGAAGAGAUCACGCCAGCAGAACAUGCGGGCUUUCAUCAGGGACCACCGCGCCAUGGCAGUGACAGAGUGGGGGUCGCCCGCGAUGGUGGGCGAGCGGCGUCACCCUCUCUUGGCCCAGACGCCCACCGCCCCGGCCGCCCACGCCCCUUCCAGCGCCCACAGGCAGCAUGUCGUGGCUGUGCCGAGCGCGGGCGUGCCGGGGGUGGGCGUUAGGUUGAUGCAAGAGCCUGGGUUCGCCGCUCACGACUCCCACCUUUAUGCGCGGGGCCGUGACCAGCCGGGGCGCCCCCAGGAUAUCCAGCUCGCUGGCAGGAGGCAGGAUGAGGCGAGGAGGCAGAGGGCCCUGUCCCCUGGGUCGCAGCACUCCGCGGCCGCCACGUUCUUUGCAAGGGCCAGUCAGUUGGCGGGACAGGGGGCGCAGUCCUCCUGCUCUUCCCCGGUGCGCCAGGAUGACCGGGAGCGACGGCGGCGGCGAAGGAGAAACUCUGGGGAGCGGGAGAGGGACGGGUCAGGGCGGCGCGGAAAGGGUAGUGGGCGGGAUGAACGUCUGGCCCUCCCGACUGACUACAGAAGUGCCCUGGCUAAGUUCUCCCCGCCCGUCCCUCACGCCCUCCUCAAGAAGAUCGGCACCAAGGACGUUCAGGGUCUCGGCAAGGUCCGUGUAGUACUCCGUGUAUCGCCUGCCGUGCGUGUCGGGGAGGGCCAGGAAGAGGUAGUCACUCUGGACAAGCGUAGACGCCAAGUGACCCUCGUGGAGCCCCAGGCCCGCCAGGCACAGGAGUCUCGGCUUGGCGUUGCUGCUCCGAAGAUGUUUGCCUUUGAUCAAGUGUAUACACAGGACGAUCCUCAGAGUGAGGUGGUAUCGGGGGCCGUGGUGGACGUGCUACAUGCUGUCCUGGCUGGAAAUGAUGGGUGUGUGCUGUGUUUCGGAGGAGCAGGAUUAGGCAAGACCUAUACAAUGCUGGGAUCCCACACCGGGCCGGGAGAACUUGGGGUAGUGCCCUCUGCCGUGGCCUGGCUGUACCGGGCCAUCGUGGAGCAGAAAGCCAAGAGUGGUGCCAGGUUCAGUGUGAGAGUGUCCGCCGUGGCAGUGGACUCAGCUGGUGCCAUGCUUACUGAUCUGCUGGCGGAAUAUGCCCAAGAGGGAGAAGCAUCACCAGGAGCCCUGCUGAGAGACACCACGGGUGGCUACCUCUCAUCUGUGGCAGAGCUGCGGGCACCAUCUCCCGAAGCAGCUGCCCACUAUUUAGAUGUUGCCAUUGCUGCUAGAUCUUCUCUUGCUGCACAACCCCUGCAAGCCAGCCAGCAGCAGCCACUGGUCACCUCAGGAUCAGCCACCUUACUCUACACACUCCACAUCUACCAAUAUGCAGUAGACAAGUCAGGAAAAGGUGGUGUUGUCGGUGGCCGGAGUCGCUUUCACAUGAUUGAUGUGGGUGACAUGACUGGGAGUGGUGGUGGCAUGUCUCUGUCCUCCCUCACCUCGGUACUGCUUGCUAUAUUCAAUGGCCAGCGAUACCUGCCCAAUCGGGAGAGUAAAUUAACACUGCUACUAAAAGAAGCACUGGGCUCUGUGACCUGCCAUGCUGCUAUGGUGGUCCAUGUGUCCCCAGCACCACGCCAUGUCCAGCACACCCUUGCCACCCUCCAGCUUGCCUCCAGAGUACACCGGAUGAGACGCAAAAAACUGAAGGGUCUUGGAGGGUCAGGCUCUGGAGGAAGCUCAGAGGGUUCUCAUGGAAAAUCAUCUGGAGAAACUUCUGCUGGGUCUUCAUCAAUGGACUUCUCGUCAUCAGAACAGUCCUGCGAUACUGUCAUCUAUAGGGGUGGUGGUCCGGGAGACACCACAGACAAUGAGCACCCACCUGUAUUCAUGCCACACCACACCAACCAGCAAGUAUGGCCCAUCACAAGACUCAGGUCCAUGGAGCACUUGAGACCACACUCAGCUUCCCCAACUCCAGCGUACACAAGGCGAGCUGCUUCUGCCAGUCCUACGCCAACCUCUCGUUCGGUGCCCAAUGCUCACCCACAGAUGAAACCCCGCCCACCACCACGUACAGUUAGCACUUCCAACAACUCUGCUGGGAAAGUUGCCCUUGCAGGCGGCUUUAUACGACACCAACCAGGCGUGAGCCACAUUUCUUACAACAACAAUAAUAACAGUGCAGCACAGCAACCACUUCUUUCAUCCUUCAAGCCACAAGUUGCUCUUGGACCUCUAGUUCCUGGUGAUCUGAGGCAUUUCAAUUAUAAUGCUUAUGAAGAACCAAAUAAUUUGGUUCCUAUGUUCCAACAAACUAGGCUUCCUAUGUCUGCCCAAAUGCAAAAUCAGAGGCAACUAGAACAACAGCAACAACAGUUUCACCAGCAACCAUCACAACAGCAGCAACAGCAAAUGCAGUUGCAGCACCAAGCACACCAACAACCGCAAAAGUCACAAAAGCAUCAACAAUUACAAAAGGUGCAACAGAUGCAGCAGCAACAACUCAAGUUUCAACAACAAUUACAACAACCUCAAAAUGUUCACCAGUUGGUACAACAUCAACAAUAUCAACAGUUUCAGCAGCUGCAACAGCAGAAUCAAAAACUCAUUCAAAUGCAGCAUUACCAACAACAUAUGCAGCAGCAACAGCAGCAGCAACAACAGCAACAGAUGCAGCAACAACAGCAGCAGCAGCAACAGCAACAGCAGCAAUCACAGAUGCAACAAGUGCGUCACCUCCCCAAAGGAGCAGUUGAUGGUGUGAUAUCUGACGAGCAGUGGAUUGACGGGCCACGGGUGCACAAGUCCCGGGUCACAGCUGCUCAGAAAAUUAAAACAAAUAAAGCUGAAACUUGGGUGGAUGGUCCACAGAUGACUCCAAUAGGUUAUGGCUUCAUGGAUGACCACAAGAAGACAAUGAUAGAGCAGUGGGUGGCAGUACAAACAGCACAAGUGGUGCAGCAACUAGAACAGCAACAGACUGUGCCUGCCCAAAUGCCUACUCAGGCUCCUACCACCCAGCAAGAAUUCACCCACCUUACACAGUUCCGCACAUGUGAGGAAUCUACACUGGACAGUGACCAAGACACUCUCAGUGAGGAUCCACCCUCAGGGCCUGGCCGGCCAACAGGUUCAGACAGCAACCUGCCACCACAACCAAACCUUAUUGAAGAACUGGAGCGGAAAAAUCUCAUUCCUGCUGAGACCUCAAAUGAGACUGAAGAAAAACCAAGUUCUCCACAUAGUGUGCCAGAACCUAUGCCAAAAGAGCCAAUCUUGGAUGAAAAGAGCACAGAACCACACUGCUCACCAGAUGAAGCCUCUGGUGCUGAUGAACCAUCUAUUGAUGACAUCUGCUCUCAGUGUGAAGCCUUAGCUGAGGAGUGUGAGGAGCUGAGUUCCCUUCUAUCAUGUGAAGAAGAAGAGUGCAAGCGGCAAGCACACCAGGGCUUAGCCACGGUAUUGGAGGAACCUGAGCUUGAGGCAGACAUGGUUGCUGAGGACCAGGACCAAGACCAAGACCAGGACCAAGACCAGGACAAGGCCAAGACACAGGAUGGAGAAGAGGGUGAGACAGAAGAGAGUACAGAGGCCACCCAUGAUCCUGUCAAGAGGGGAUGGGUGAGACGGUCAGUGGCUUCAUCUGGGACUCACCACUCCACAGAACUGAUUGAGGUCCAGGUACCAGAUCAUCCAGCAAUCACCAUGGACUGUUGUGUUCAGGUCUGUGAAGAAGACAUUCUGCGAGCUCUGGCUGACACACCUUGCCAGAGUGAAGUAAUGAGUGUUGAGACCAGUGAUGAUCAUCCUCUGCGGGUCCUCUCCGAAGAAAAUCUCACUUGUGCUUCCACAUUCACUGAUUCAUACUCUCAGAUUGGGGAAACGGGUGAUGAAGAUGAUUCAGAUGAUGAUGACUCUCGACCCUUCAGUCUUUUUGAGGUGACAGACUAUGGAAGAGUUUGUCAAGACUUGAGUCUAGCUCUUCAGUCCAAUGUGGCCAAUCGCAACCUCCAUGAGUUAGCAAAAAUUCAUGAUUUGUAUCGCACUCUUGCCAGACAGAGUCCAAGGGUUCAUGCUGGAGGCCCAAGGUUACAGGCAGCAACACUUGCAGAAAUAUUAACCAAUAGCCAUGACUCUCUGCUAGAAGAAAAGAAACCUCUUGAAGAUGAUAGCAUUUGCAGUGAACCAGCCCAGGCAGAUGGAAAGCUGUGUCGCCAGUGUAACAAGCGACAGCUACGUCAUGGAGACAGUAUUCUGAGGCUGGAAUCGGCCCUGAGGAGCAAGUCACAGUGGCUCAGUCGACCGCUGGACACCAUGGAGGAUUCUGCAAGUGACAAGUGCAUUGGAACGGAGGACUUAGAUUUCCCAGAGGAUCAUUGCACAUGUGAUGUCCAAAGUGAUCUCGUGCCGUAUAUUCCUUCAACAUUUUUCAAUUUCUCUCCCAUUCACAAUCCUGAUAGCCUGUCACAUGCAAAUCUGACACGCCAAGCCUCAGAAGCUAGUCUACGUUUAAUGGAUGCCCCACUGGCAGACUCCACUGAGAAGUUGGUAGAUCGAGUGCCUGUCAAUGGAGUUCCACUCCCAGAGUUUAUAGAAGAUGUUGAAGCUAAUGUUGUACUCUGCAACCCAGUGCAAUAUGAUUACACUAAAGAUGAUGACUUGUUUGAUGGAAAUGAUGAUCGGACAGUGACUGGGAAGAGUGAUAAUGAGAGUGACUGUGUUAGUAAUAUAAGUGAAGAUUCAGAGUAUAUGAUGCAAACUUCUAAACUUUCUAAAUUCCUAUGUGUAGGUGUUGGUAAAAGUAAAUCAAAAACCCCUUAUAAAGUAGCAAAGCAGAAUAAUAAUAAAAUUAUAGAAAAUAAGAAAAAUACAGCAAAACUUAAAGACUGUAAAGUAAAAGUGGCAGCCAAAAGUAGAGAAAAUUCAAAAUCUCCCGAUCGUAAUUCAAAAAACUUGAUAAAGUCUCCCUCCCGAGUGGUCUCACAAAGUGCAGCGAAACAAAGUGUUAGCAGACGAAGCGAUACCUCCCUCUCAGUUCGCACCCGUUGGGGAAAGUCAGCUCGUGUGGGGGCAAGCAAGCCCCCUCCUGUGGGCUCAAGGGGCAACUACAGAUACACAUGCACCCUCAUGUACCCUCCUGAUGCUGCCACACCCACUGAAGGCUAUGACUCAGGUCAUGACUCUGGAGCAGCAACCCAAGGCAGUGCAACUCCUUUGGAAUGUGCUGAGUCUUGGAGAACUGGCCAGAGUCUGCCUCCCCACCAGCAUCACGAGCACCACCACCAUCCGGCUACCAACAACGGAUCACUGGGUACCAACCCAUCAUUGGGCGAGUCCUCUGGCUACGAAAGCAUUCCAAGGGACUCUGAGUGUUCCUCCUUCAGCUCCUCCCAGGACUCUGAGAUGGAUGAAGAGCACCGUAGGGAGGCCCAGGCCCAUUCUGCAGGUCUUAUGCCACCUCGCACUCAGCCUAAAACUCAGCAUCCUGGUGGUCCAACCAAGGUGCAAGUCGAGGACUGGUCUGAGGAAGAUGUCAAAAGAUACGAGGGCCGGCCAAGUGCUGCUGAGGUGCCACAGCUCAGGGCAUACCGACAGCAGGUGUUGUCUUUGAAGUCUGAGCAGCAGGCACUCAAGGCUGACCUUGCUCAGGCCAAGGGAAGUCUCAACGUGCCCUCUGGCUCCUGGAGCUACGAACUACAUGUAAAGGAGGAUUCACCGCUAGACAGACGCACUUAUGUGGAAGCACUCGCGAGGGAGACGAUCAUUUUACGCAAACGUGUGGCAGCUGCCCAGAGCCGCAUCCUCUUGGCCACUUCAUUCCUGCCCUGCCAGCGACAACGGGAGACCCUGAUAAACUGACAGCCACGGCUGUGCUGAGAUCCCAGGAUUUCCUACUCUCACUCCUUGUGUUGCUCUUCUUGACCAUACUAUUUGAAAAUAUUUGCAAUACAUUUUAGAGUCCACUUCAUUAAUUAAUUCAUGUAAUUCAUUUAUAUUUAGUCAUUGAUUGGUGAUUUGAUGUACUGUGCUCAGCAUCAGACUCCACAGCAAUAAUUCUGUCACCUGGGGAUGAAUGACCAUGUAACACUUGCUCACAGUGUGUCCAAAUCUGCUGAUUGGCCUGCACAUUGCACUCAAUGAUAUCUUUAUACCAGAUAACUUUUAUCAGCAUACUUUUGAUUUUUAAUGUUGUUCUUCAAAAUGAGAAAAUAAGUAAGCCAAUCAGUGAAAGGAGCAUCAUCCAGUAAGUGUCAUCUGGUGUACAGGUCCUCUGGCAAUAUUAUUGCCUGAAUCUAAUGAGACUUUGGUAUACAUAUGUGUAUAUCAAACUGUUACUUUUUUUUUUAAUCUGAGAUGACUAGCAUCUAGGGAACAAAGUGCCAUCAUAAAGGAAGUGAAAAGAUAUAAUAAACAUAAGACAGAAAAUUACACCUACAUCUCUCUCUCUCUCUCUCUCUCUCUCUCUCUCUCUCUCUCUCUCUCUCUCUCUCUCUCUCUCUCUCUUUUCUUCUCUCCAGUAUGUUUAUGAACCCAGUCACUCACACAGCCCCUCACCUAACCCAAAAAAAAAAAAAAAAAAAAAAAAAACUCCCAUCUCAUACCUCCCUCUGUUCUUACCAUCUGUGCUGCAAGAGGGUCAGUCAGUUCUACAGCAUUCCUUUUCACAUCACGCUCUAAUGGCAAAUCUAAAACAUAAAAAUAUGUAAACUGUAAAAUGGCUUCGAAAAAAUGUGAAUUGUAAAAUGGCUUCACUUUGCAAGUUUUCACAUUGCUUAACUAUUCUAUUCCAUCUACAGUCAGCACAGGGUGAUAGUGGUGAGUUCCCUGUCAUUAACCAGCACACCUGUUUGACUUGACAAUGUAUAUCCACCAUGGAAAACUUGCCAAAUUAUAGGCAUGCAGGUUGGUGACAUGACUCACCUGAUCCAAUCACACAAAGUGAUCUGACACACCAGAGCUAAGUAUCCUUUUUCACUGAUCUCAUUUCUGCCAUUCUCUCUUUACAAUAUAAUGAACAAUAUUAUACAUAAAAACAUCUACUAAUAUCUGGGUUUGAUGUAAGCUGGCAAUUUGAUCUUUAGAUGCUAGACACCUAUAUUGCAUUAGAACCUUUCCAUUAGAUAACCAUAGAGGAAGUCAAGGCAGGCAAUGAGCGCCAAUCCUGGAUUGUGGUAGUAAGUAAAUAACCACUCAUAACAUACUGCCAUUGUUGUCAUAAUCUACCAUCAUUACCACUACAAUAAAAUAAACUGUUAUUUUCAAUAAGCCUUUACUGCAUCCCUAUUCACUGGUUAAUCCCACCAGUGUGCAUCCCUAUUCACUGGUUAAUCCCACCAGUGUGUGUGUGUGUGUGUGUGUGUGUGUGUGUGUGUGUGUGUGAGAGAGAGAGAGAGAGAGAGAGAGAGAGAGAGAGAGAGAGAGAGAGAGAGAGAGAGAGAGAGAGAGAGAGAUGUGAUAGCCCCCUGUCACCUCUUGCACACACCAUUCUGCCAGCAAGAACAGCAGUGAUGGGAUUGGCUACAGUCUGACUGCUACUGGCUGUUAGUGGACAGCAACAGAUGUACUUUUGUUACCAGUUAAACAAACCAUGUAGACAUUCUUUGGUCCAUAUACUAGAAAGAUGUUUAUGCAAGAGUUGUUAUACACUUAGAUGUGUAAUUUAUUUAUUUUUUUCUUUUGUUUAGUCUUAAGUCAAUAGAGUAGGAUUUUUUAUUUAUUUUUUUUCUAUUUUUGGUAAAUGUGAUUCUUAUCUGUAUAUUUGUGAGCAAACGGUUCUUAUAUACCUGAAGUGAUGCCGGAUUAUCUCAGUUGCAUAAUGGUGUGAUUUACAUAAGUGCACAGAAUACACUCUAAUAUAUAAUGAAUGUACAGUACAUUAGUAGAUAGCAAUUUACAGAGGUUUGUCCAUGUGCAGAAGCCAUCAAAGGUACAGAUGAGCUCUAUCUCUUUUCUAUAUUUAUAAAAGUGGUCUUUUGCCAGCAUAGUCAUGUAUUGUGUAAAAUAAAUGAUUGUUUAGUUACAAA